GUUCCCAAGUCCCGGCCCAACCCAUCUGUAGCACUAGGCAACAGCGAAGCUGAGCUGAGAGCUGUCACUGCAUCUGCCUCAUCUACCAGAUGGUGAUGAUGUCGGGACUUGCUGCCUACGGUUCACUAAGUAUGACAACGACCGGGAACGCGCCGUUAUCAUGGAAUACACGGGCACCGCCGGCGCGACUCGCUUUCCAGAGGCGGCGGCGCAUGAGUACGAUCACGGCCACGGUCACGUGCAGGCGCGAGGCGGCGAUGACGGCCCCGGAGAAGGCGGACGUGCUGCGGUCGCUAGACGGGUGGGCGGAGUCGAACCUGCUGCCGCUGCUGAAGCCGGUGGAGCGGGCAUGGCAGCCGCACGACCUGCUGCCGGACUCGGCGUCGCCGGGGUUCCGCGAGGCGGUGGACGAGCUGCGGGCGCGGGCGCGAGAGAUCCCCGACGACUACUACGUGUGCCUGGUGGGCAACAUGGUGACGGAGGAGGCCCUCCCCACGUACCACGCCGCCCUCAACAGCUUCGUGGGCUACGACAGCCCCUCCAGCGCCGACGCCUGGGCGCGGUGGUCCCGCGGCUGGACCGCCGAGGAGAACCGCCACGGCGACCUGCUGAACCGCUAUCUCUACCUGUGCGGCCGCGUCGACGUCCGGCGCGUGGAGCAGACCAUCCACCACCUCAUCAACGCCGGGAUGCGCCUCGCCUCCGACAAGUGCCCCUACAGGGGCUUCAUCUACACGGCGUUCCAGGAGCGCGCCACCGCCGUCUCGCACGGCAACACGGCGCGGCGCGCCAUGGCGCUGGGCGACGCCAGCCUGGCCAGGAUCUGCGGCGCCAUCGCGAGCGACGAGAAGCGGCACGAGGCGGCCUACACCCGGGUGGUGGACCAGCUGUUCGCGCUCACGCCCGACGCCGCCGUGCGCGCGCUCGAGUACAUGAUGAGGGAGAGGAUCCUCAUGCCGGCCUACUACAUGUUCGACGGCCGGGACCCGGACCUGUUCCGCCACUACGCCGCCGUCGCGCAGAGGCUCGGCGUCUACACCACCGCCGACUACGCCGACCUCGUCCAGUUCUUCGUCGACAGGUGGGGCGUGGCGGACCUAGGCCCCGGCCUCACCGGCGAGGGGAGGCAGGCGCAGGACUACGUCUGCCGGUUGCCUGAGAGGGUGCGCAGGAUGGACCAGCUGGACGCGCGACGAAGGCUGCAGCCCCAGACUCGUCAGGUCCCCUUCUCUUGGCUGUUCGACAGGCACGUGGAGCUGCUGACCUGACUUGAUUGGUCGGCAGUCUGCAGCCCAGCUAGCGGUCCUUUUGCCCCCUUUGGCAGAGCCCAGAGCUAUCAAUUCUGUUACUGCGUCUCCUCCUCUACUUCUACUUCCUCCUCGUUGGCCACUCCGUAGUUCCGUAUGUGUCUACCGUCAAGUGACUGACUGGAACCAUGUACUGUGUGUCAGUCAUCAUUCAAUCCAUUUGGUGCCGCAGCGUGUCAGAAAAAUUAAAAGCAAGCAGCCCAAUGUCAGCGAGUACUGUGGCUCCAACGAUAUCCCAAACUUUUACCUCAAUUCCUUGUGUACCUUCGCAGAUCAACCUGUGUCUGGUGGUACAAACUGAAAAAUGUAGCUUUACUUUUCACUUCUAUAGUAGAAAGAAGCUAUGUGUUGAUCCA